AUGACCUGGAGGGUGGCGGUGACGGUGGCAGUGAGUCUGGUCCAGGCCAUGGGUGCCUCCCCUGCAUCACGGGACAUCACGACCAUCCGCGACCCGAAGUCCUUGGUGAACCAUGGCUUGUGCAGGUGCUGCAGUGUCCACACUCUCCCUACAGUGGUGGUGGUGAUGAACUUCAACAAGUGUGAGGCCUCAGGGAGGAGCGGCUUCUGCUUCCCAUACUUCCAGUGCAGCAAGAACUCUGGCGUCGUCAAGGGCAGCUGUUCCUUCGGCUUCGGGAACUGCUGUGUCUUCGAGAAGACGUGCAGCACCUCCUCUUCUGCCCGACUCUUGUACUUCACCAGCAGCCACACCCAGGCCACCGACCAGGGCACCUGCUCCCUCUCCAUCACCAAGGUCACCGGUGUCUGCCAGCUGCGACUGGACAUGAAUCAAGCGGAGCUGAGCGAGCCCACCGCGGAGGGCGCGUGUGUGAAGCAGUACCUGCAGGUGAUGGGCGCCAGCGGCUUCUCCCCCAAGAUCUGCGGCCUCAACUCUGGCCAGCACUUGUACUUUGACGUGCGUGGGGACGCGGGACCCUUCAAGGUGAUGGUGGUCAACACGGAAGAUAACCCCUCGUCCUCCUGGGACAUCCAGGUGGAGCAGAUCUUCUGUCAAUCCCCAAACCUUGCGCCAGCAGGCUGCGCCCAGUACUACACAGGUCUGAGUGGAGACGUUAGGAGCUUCAACUACCACAUCGACGCCUCCACACAAAUACAGGUCGCAGACAAGCCUGGUACUCGUCACCUUCAAGAGACGUACAAGAUGUGUGUACGUCAGGAGCCUGGAUACUGCAGCGUCAAAUGGACGGCCGCAGAGGAGAACUACGCUUUCACCCUCACCGGAAACCCUAUUGACGAUAUAAUUCCAUUUAAUUCGGCCACGGACGAAUUGUGCGGUAACACUGACUACGUCUUUAUCCCCGGAGGCCGCAUACCACAGGAGACGGAAGUCAGCAACAUCUUCUGCGGCUCCAAGUUUCCGGAUUCCGUCACCAGCAGCAGCUUUGAGAUGACAAUGGUUGCCGAUGGCACAGAACUGAUCGCGGAAGAUAUAGACAACCACGGCUUCCAUCUCAAGUAUGAGCAGGUCAAAUGCUGAUUUUUGUAGAGAAGCGCGCAUGCAUCGGGUGACAAUUCAGCUACCACCGUGUUCCAGCGAGGAGUACACCUUGCACCCUGGUGACGACACAGCUACCACUGUGUUCCAGCGAGGAGUACACCUUGCACCCUGGUGACGACACAGCUACCACUGUGUUCCAGCGAGGAGUACACCUUGCACCCUGGUGACGACUCAGCUACCACUGUGUUCCAGCGUGGAGUACACCUUGCACCCUGGUGACGACACAGCUACCACUGUGUUCCAGCGAGGAGUACACCUUGCACCCUGGUGACGACACAGCUACCACUGUGUUCCAGCGAGGAAUACACCUUGCACCCUGGUGACGACUCAGCUACCACUGUGUUCCAGCGUGGAGUACGUUUUGAGUGGUUGGACAAGAACAUGAGUGGGAGUGGUUGGACAUAAACAUGACCUGCAUUACAUGCAUCAGCAUUCUUGUAUACUUGUUAAUUCUAGUUUUCAUAUACAUUUAACUAUUAUUUAUUCUAUUUAAGCAUGCCUCUUGAAAGUGGCUAGAGACUGUGGUGCUACCCAUGGUAGUGCUACCUGUGGUGGCGAUACCCAUUGUGGUGUAACAUAUUGGAAAUUGAAUGAAGAAAAGAAGAAAGGGUUCUUUUUACUGUCGAUGGCGAUUCCAUGACCAAGAGAUGGCUUCCUGAACCUUGCU